GUCGCUCGUACAGACACUCGUCUAAAUCGCAUCAUGGCACCCAAGACGAGCGGUAAGGCGGCGAAAAAGUCCGGCAAGGCGCAGAAGAAUAUUUCGAAGACAGACAAAAAAAAGAAGAAGCAUAAGAGGAAGGAGAGUUACGCCAUCUACAUCUACAAAGUGCUCAAGCAGGUGCACCCGGACACCGGUAUCUCGUCGAAGGCCAUGUCCAUCAUGAACUCUUUCGUGAACGACAUCUUCGAACGUAUCGCGGCCGAGGCGUCCCGUCUUGCGCACUACAACAAGCGUUCCACGAUCACAUCCCGGGAGGUGCAGACGAGCGUGAGGCUCCUGCUGCCCGGUGAGCUGGCCAAGCACGCGGUCAGCGAGGGCACCAAGGCGGUGACCAAGUACACGAGCUCGAAGUGAAGAAGAUAUUUAAUAUUAAUUAUAAAGGCCCUUUUCAGGGCCACUA